UACAAUGCAAAUGGAGAAAUUUGUACGGACAAUGAAGAUGGAAAAAAUCGUACGAACAAUGAAACUGGAGAAAAUCUGCGAUAUCUGCAUAAAAGCUGUAUGGAUAUUUUACAAAGUAACCCAUGCGUGAAAGGAAAAGAUGGGGCAUAUUCCAUAACUGGCAAUGAACAGGAAAAGAAAGUAUACUGUGACAUGACUACAGAUGGAGGGGGCUGGACGGCUAUUCAAAAAAGGCAGGAUGGUUCUACAGACUUUUAUAGGACUUGGGCAGAUUACAAGAAAGGAUUUGGAGACCCAUCCAACAACUACUGGAUUGGGAACGAUGCAAUUCACUAUUUAACACAGACAAAUCAGGAACUACGAGUGGAGGUUUUGAGUUUUGCUGACGAGAAAGCGCACGCCCUGUACUCCGCAUUUCAAGUUGGAAAUGAGAGCAGUAAAUACCGGCUUACAGUAUCGGGGUAUAGUGGAACGGCGGGAGACAGUUUGAAGUACCACAAUGGAAUGGAGUUCAGUACACGGGAUCAAGACAAUGACCCUUGGGACACUGUAAACUGUGCAGUAGGAAGGCAAGGAGCUUGGUGGUACAAGAAAUGUGAUAAGUCCAACUUGAACGGGGAGUACAUAGGUUUUGCUGCGUCAGGAGAGCAAUACCCGGUCUGGGAUUAUUGGAAAUAUAAUAUAGCGUUAAAAGGGACAGCGAUGCUGAUCAGACCCAAGACUUAGCAUCAAUAUACACUAUGUUUAAAAUAUCUGAUCAGACCCAAGAGUCAGUAUCAAUAUAUUUUCCUUAAACAGCAAUAUCAAACGUUCACAAAAAUGAUAUAAUAGUGUUCAUACAAUUCCAUGAAACUGUAAAAAAGAAAAACGGAAAUAUUCAUAUCUAGUGAUCAUUCAUUCAAAAAAUGACUUGGUUAAACACCACUCUGAUUCCACGCACGAAUACUCUAAAGUUGAAACAAAGAAUAUGCUCAAGUUCCUCAUUGACAAUAUCGUCGUGGUCUUUGGUGAGCAGGUCUUCCAAAGGUCUGUUGAAAUUCCCAUGGGCACGGAUUGUGCUCCUGUGUUAGCUUACAUGUUUCUAUAUUCAUAUGAAGAAGUUAUUCAAAAAUAGGUACUUAAUUGAGAAGAAAAAACAUAUCUUGCUUUGACCUUCAAAUCGACAUUUCGAUAUAUUGACGACGUUUUGUCUAUAAACAAUAAUAACUUUCAUUCAUAUGUCGAUUCAAUAUAUCCCUGUGAGCUGAAAAUAAAAGACAUCACA